GCCGGCGCCGAGCGCACGUGUCCGCGCCGCCCCUCCAGUGACAGUGAGCGCAGUUACAAACACACGGUCGUACAGUGCGUGCUAGUGAUCAACCCUGGUGGAUAAUGUGUUGUGAUUUGACGUGAACCUGUGAUGGAAAACCACUGUACCAGCGCCAUGAAGAGACUUUUACGGGGCGUCCGCCUGCGGGUGACCUGAGCCCCUCCCUCAGUCCCUCACACCUUAGGCCCGCGCGCCUAGCGAGCCCAGGCGCCUAGCGAGCCCAGGCGCCUACGGAGCCAUGGCGCGGCUGCUGGCUCUAAUGCUGGUGCUGGGGUGUCUGCUCAGUUGUGACACCAAGACUGUCAUGCAGGACAAACUAGCGGGCGUGCGCACGGUGGAGGUGCAGGCGGUGGAGGGCAUGGCCGCGCGGUUCCCCUGCGACCUGGCCUCGCCCAACAACGACAAGGUCUACAUGGUGUUCUGGUUCCGCGACGACGCCGGCAUCCCGCUCUACAGCUUCGACGUGCGCGGCAAGCCGCUCUCCGAAGCCCGUCACUGGUCAGCGCCGGAGGUGUUCGGGCCGCGCGCGCACUUCGCCCCCUCCCCCGCGCCCGCCGCGCUGCUCGUGAGGGACGUCAAGCGGAGGGAUGAGGGAGUCUACCGCUGCAGGGUGGAUUUUCGGAAUACCCAGACUACGAGCUUCAGAUAUAACCUUACUGUUGUUGUGCCCCCGGAGCGGCCGGUGGUGGUGGACCGCUGGGGCCGCGUCAUCAACGCCACCACGCUGGGCCCGCAUGAGGAGGGCGACGACGUGCUGCUCACCUGCAGGGUGCUUGGAGGCCGCCCCGAGCCCUCAGUCCGCUGGCUCGUCAACGGGGUACUAGUGGACGAGGAGUACGAGCACAAUACGGGCGACGUGAUCGAGAACCGGCUGCUGUGGCCCGCCGUGUCUCGCGCCGACUACGCCGCCGUGUUCACGUGCCAGGCCGCCAACUCGCAGCUCGUGCCGCCCCGGGAGGUGUCACUUGUGUUGGAUAUGUUCUUGCGUCCACUGACAGUGGAGAUCAAGAAGCCGUCGUCACUAGGCGAGGAGGAGUCUCUGACGGCGGAGCGGCGCUACGAGGUGGCCUGCGAGUCCGCCGGCAGCCGCCCGCCCGCGCUGCUCUCCUGGUACAAGGGCAAGAGGCAGCUCAAGAGGAUCACGGAGGAGCUGCGACACAACCUGACGGUGAGCGUGAUGAGCUUCGUGCCCACGCUGGAGGACGACGGGCGCAGCCUCACGUGCCGCGCCGAGAACCCCAACGUCACCGCGCUGCACAUGGAGACCUCGUGGACCAUCAGCGUCGUCUACCCGCCGGUGGUGAAGCUGCGGCUGGGCAGCUCGCUGGCGGCGGGGGACAUCAAGGAGGGCGACGACGUGUACUUCGAGUGCCACGUGCGCGCCAACCCGCCCGCCAGGAAGCUGUCCUGGCUGCAUGAUGACCGGGUGCUGCUCCACAACGCGUCGGCGCGCGUGUUCCACAGCAACCAGUCGCUGGUGCUGCAGAAGGUGACGCGCCACAGCAGCGGCCGCUACGCCUGCUCCGCGCUCAACGCCGAGGGCGAGACCGUGUCCAACGAGCUGCACUUCAGGGUUAAAUACGCGCCGUCAUGCCGCUCGGCGGGCGGCGCGGGCGGGGCGGGCGCGGUGGCGGUGGUGGGCGCGGCGCGCGGCGAGUCCGUGGUCAUCGUGUGCGAGGUGGACGCCGACCCGCCCGCCGCCGUCUUCAAGUGGAAGUUCAACAACUCCGGCGAGACGAUAGAUGUCGCCGCCGAUAGGUACACCAGCAACGGCAGCGCUAGCAGCCUCAAAUACACUCCAGUGGCGGACCUGGACUACGGCACGCUGUCGUGCGCGGCGUCCAACGAGGUGGGCGCGCAGCUGCAGCCCUGCGUGUUCCAGAUGGUCGCCGCUGGCAAGCCGCACGCGCCGCGCAACUGCUCGCUGUGGAACCAGACGGCGGAGGCGGCGGAGGUGUCCUGCGUGGGCGGCUUCGACGGCGGCCUGCCGCAGACCUUCCUGCUCGAGGUCUACACGCCCGGCGACCCCGUGCCCAGAGUGAACCUGUCAUCCGACGAGCCGUCGUGGACGGUCCGGGGGCUGGAGUGGGGCGUGCGGUUCCGCCUGCAAGCCGUGGCAGUGAACGGCAAGGGCCGCUCGCCGCCCGCGCGCCUCGACGACCUGCUGUUCCCCGACCCGGAGAAACGGACCGCGUCCGAAGCGCCGUACGGCAUGGGCGUGACGGGCGCGGCGGCGGGCGCGGCGGCGGCGCUGCUGCUGUGCCUGGCGCUGGCGGCGCGCGCGCGGCGGCGGCGGCGCCCCCCGCGCGGCAAGCCGCCCCCCGCGCCCCCCGCCCCCCGGCAGGAGAAGCCGCAGGAGCAUGAUGACAAGGAGCCGGAUCUUAUUCCUAAUAAUUAUUGUGAGGCGACAAGCGCCCCGAGCCUGGCCGUGUCGUCGCCGGGCCGCGCCGAGCCGCCGCCGCUCAACGCAACGUGCAACGGCCCCGGCUCGUCGUGGACGUGGGGCGCGCGCGGGCGGGACCCCGCGUCGUCGGUGGGACACCCCCCGGGCGGGCCCCCACGCUCCGCCUCCGCCACGCUGCGCGCCGCCGCCGACCUCAACGUCGACGCCAUCAAGGAGAAGCUACUCGACCACCGGAUCCCCGAGUCCUGCGUGUAGGCCAGUGACAGCACGGUGACAGAGCGCAGUGACAGAGCACAGUGACAGGCAGCACAGUGACAGACAUGACUGUGGUGGUUCACACUAUGUGUUUUUAAAGCUUUCGUGAUAGUUCUGUGACGUUCCGUGGAUUAGUUACCUAUCUGUUUAUAUAUUGGUUUUGAAAUGUUGUUCAAUCUUGCGUCGGCAAACUUGAGUAAACGAAUGUACAUACAUAUUUAAAAAAUAUUGUUUGUAAAAUCUUUAAUGGAAAAUAUUGAAUCCAUUAACUUGUUUGGAUAAAUUGUAUGUAAAUAAUCAGUGGUCAGCCAUCGUCACCGGUGGAGUCGCCGCCGCGCGGAGCUGUGUAUUGUUAAUUUGUCUGAAGGUGGUCCUAUGUAAAUCUUUAGGUAGCAAUUUUUCCUCGUCAGUUUAAAGAAAGUCUAAUAGAAGAAAGUUGCUAUAAUUUCCUUCACUCCUACUCUGAAGACUACUUGGUUUUCUCUACCGUGUAAAUACUAGCUGAUAAGAGACUGAAUCUUUGCCACUUUUUUACAUGUCUACUGAUGCCCUAGAUAGUAAAUUUACGCAGUUAUGUGAACAGAUGACUAAAUAAAUAUAAUUGAAUGGAUUCGACGUUACUUGUAUAGUCUAAUACUAAGUGUAAAUAAAGUUUGUACUUUACUCUUAAGAAUUUUAACGUCGGCUUGGAAAGUGAUUUGCGUGUUCAGACUGGGCGGACAGAUAUUUAUAAAACAUGAAUUUAAAUUAGUGGAAUGUGCCGCAGUGUGGACACGCAGUCGGAGUUACUGUUUAAAAUAAGUAUUAUUUAAUUUGGUGUACAGAGUGAGUGAGAGGCGAGUGUCGGCGAGUGUUGCGUCCGUCGCGGACUUUGUAUAGAGUUCCCGACUUGUUGUAAAUGUAACAGAGCAGUCUAUUUCAUAAUUGAAAAUUGUCUUGAAAUCAUCUAAAAAUCUGUUAAAACAAUAAUCUUCCAUUGUUUUUUUUUUUGCAAAUACCCAUAAAUUUUUAAAUUAAAUUUUCAUAUGGGCAAAUGUUUUACGAUCACAGUUAUUUCAACAUAUCGUAUUAAAAGUUACAUGUCAAUGUCACAUAUCUUAACUUAUAUUCUAUAGUUGAAUAUUUUGUAUAGAUACGGCGAUCGAUUAAAAUACUAAACUGGUAAUUAUUUGUACCAUUUUAAAUUACUUGUUUAUUUUUCUCUAAAUGUUUUUGUAAUAUAGUAGAGUAAAUCAGUUUUGUUUACCGAUCAAAAGGAUCUCAUUAAAAGGUUGAUGAAUGUUGUAUCAUAUCAUCAACUAUAGUGUCGCAGCGCGGCGUCGGUCGAGCAUUAACAUCAUCAUUAACAAAAGAAAUGUGUAAAAAUACUUGUUUAAAAAUUGCAUUUAUCUAAAUAUUGAAAUUUAAAAAACAUGUUAUAAUAUUAUGUAAUAUUAUUAUGUUAUUUACUUAACCCCACAUUUAAUUGUCUAUACAUAGCUUAAUUUUUACACCUUUUUAAGGAAUUCGUUUUGAGAAAAUACCUAAGUUAUUCGUGGUCUUGAUCACAAUUCUUGUUUACUGAAUUCACUGAAAGUGUGGACUUGUUAAUGCUCGGACCAGGCUGACGCAAAACUAUGCAUUUAUUUACAAACCGACUGAUAGCGCUCGAUCGUUGUAUAUGUAGGAGAAUUAUUAGCUAAAUUUUAUUUAAAUAUUGUAAGAGAAGCGAUUUGUUAAUAAAAAUGUUUAUAAUUAUUAACUCGAAGAGUUCGCCCUACUGUUGACUUGUUUAUUUUGGGAGAGAUUAAAGGUUGUCUUGGAAGUA